AUGGAAUUCCUGAUCCGACUUGCCCAAUGGCAUAUGACUUUCCGAGUCGCAGAGCUCGAAGCCAUUGCUACCCUCAUCGGGGCAGACAUCGAGAUUAUUUCAUACGAUGACGAAUCGCCAUAUUGCAUCGUCAGGCUCCCAAAUGAAGAGGCCGCACGUGCAUUGAUCAAGCGCUGCAUCCUAGCCAAAGAUAUCUAUGAGCUAUGGGGCCAUGGUACUAAUUACGAUGAAGUACAUGCAGAUGUCAAGCAACGGACCCCACAUCUCUGGGCUCAAUAUGAAAACGUCCAAUUUGGCUUCGAUUUGGAUUCCUACGUAGGAAAGCGCAGUCAAGCUGAAAGAAUUGAGAUUGUCAAAUCAUUCUCCUACUUGGGUUUCAAAGGACCUCUCAAACUAAAGAACCCGGAAAACCGGUGGUUGAUUAUGGAGAGAUACUUUUCUCCUAGUGGAAUCCCCGAGGCCGAGAGAGAGAAGAACCCAAAGCCGCUGAAUAUCUACUUUGGCCGCUAUUUGGGUAAAAGUGACCGGAGUUCUAUUUUCACUUACGAGCUGAAGAAGCGGAGCUACAUUUCCACCACGACCAUGGAUGCGGAGUUGAGUCUCGUGACAGCCAAUAUCGCGCUCGCGGCGCCUGGAAAGGUCUUUUAUGAUCCUUUUGUUGGGACUGGAAGUUUCUUGGUGGCUGCCGCGCAUUUUGGAGCUCUGACUAUGGGCUCGGAUAUCGAUCCUCGCAGUUUCCGUGGAAAGGACGAGGAGCGCAAUGGUGAGAUUUCUAUUCUACGAAAUUACAAGCAAUAUGGCACCACCAGCAAGUAUGUCGACUGCUUCACUUCGGAUCUUACCAAUACGCCUCUGCGUAACGCUCCACUCCUCGAUGGUAUCAUCUGUGAUCCGCCUUAUGGUGUGCGAGAAGGUCUUCGGGUCCUGGGAACUCGGAAUGGAAAGCUUAUUGAGCCAGUCAUGAUCGAUGGCGUUUAUGCUCAUUACCGAGAAGGAUACAUCCCGCCAAAGCGGCCCUACGGAUUCGAGGCCAUGCAGAAAGACAUUCUCGAUUUUGCCGCUCGAUCCCUCGUUGUCAAUGGUCGUCUCGCGAUGUGGAUGCCGACAGCGCUCGAUGGUGAUCACCUGACGGUGCCCAUGCACCCGAAUCUCGAGCUCAUUAACGUUUGUGUCCAGUCUUUUGGGAAUUGGGCUCGUCAACUGAUGACCUAUCGUCGUCUUCCCGAAGGCGAGGUCUCUGAUAUCUCGGAGGGAAGAAUCAAGGUCGACAACGACGGUGUCACAGCAAGCGAGGUCAACGAAUUCCGCCGAAAGUAUUUCAGGAGGUUUCAAACUAAGCGAACCGGCGGAACCACAGAGUAG